AUGAAAAAUACUUUUCUAGUCUUCACCAAAGCCGACGCCUGGUUCAUGGCUACGCUCACGUUAUUCUGACACUUGUCAGCAUCUCCUACAAUUUCAAGUCAACUAUCGUCACCGCAUCCAACGGCUCGUAACUAUCUAUAUUAGCGUAAAGCCCCUUUAUAGAUUAGAGGCAUAAGCUAUAGCUGACAGUGCAAAAGGUCGAAAAGUUGAAAACCAAACGCUCUUCCAGUUAUGAAAGCUGUUCUUCUAAGAGCGGGUUCAGUUCCGGUCAUGUCUUGGGCUCUAUGCGGUUCACCGAGAGUUUCUCUUUCUCGUCGUAAUUCGAUCGGUGGAGUUUACUCCGGUGACAGAGACGGCUCCUCCCUUAGCUCUCCGAUAAUCUCGUUGCAUUCCCCUAUGAAUAAAAGGAAGCCGAAGGAAACUCACGUGCGUAUAAGGCGAGCGUUCUCCGAUACUGAUCUCAUCAGAUCGGAGUCUCGUUUUUCCGCUGGAUCUCGAUGUUUUCCAGCGGGGAUACUGGAGGAGGAGUACAUAUCGGAUGGUGAAGUAGACGGGGAGUUCCGAAUAUUGGUCACAGGAAACGUAAGUGAUGGGGCGAGUUUCGCACCAGUUUGUCCGGAACUCAGGGUCUCAAUGGAGGAAACUGGAUUUUCCUGUGACGGAUUCGGAAAUGGAGGCAAAUCCGGUGGCGAACACGGAGAUGAUUCGCGCGGUGAUAAGAGCAAGAUCGGCGACUAUUAUCGGCGAAUGCUGAAACUAAAUCCCAGUGAUUCGCUACUCUUGAGAAACUACGGCAGAUUCUUACACGAGGUGGAAAAAGACAUGGAGCGAGCGGAGGAGUAUUACGGGAGAGCGAUCUUAGCUAGCCCUGGAGAUGGGGAGGUUUUGUCUUUGUACGGAAAGUUAAUCUGGGAAAGACACGGAGAUGAGAGCCGAGCCAAGUCUUACUUCGACCGAGCCGUUACUGCUUCUCCUGAUGACUGCAUGGUGCUGGGAUCUUACGCACACUUCAUGUGGGAAGCUGAGGAAGAUGAAGAAGAAGAGGAAAUGGGUGAUGAAGUUGGAGCUUCGCCAGCCAUGGUUGCUGCUUUUUAAUGCUCUUUCGUUUACCAUGAUCAUUUGAAGACAUAUUGUUGCUUAGGGUGCUGUGUUUUGAAUAGGAUUUACGUGACUAAAGAAGUCGAGGAAGAAGGAAAGAAAUGAGACUUUUGAUUAACAAGAGAAUAAAUCAUGUUUUGUGUAAUUUUUAAUGCUAACUACAAUAACCAGACAAUAAGUUUCAGGCUAUCAAAGCUGCUGCAGGACCAUACAGGAGCAUGUAAUUAGUUUGUUGAUUUUGAACUUUUUUGUUUUUUUUUGCUGUGUAAUACGUUGUAUCUAUUAUUGGCAGCAAUUUCUACUAUUUUAUGUCAAGAACUUCAUCAUUUUGCUAACAUACAAUUAGCUCAAUCUGAGUGAAAUGAUGUUAUUAUGUCAGAUUAUAGUAUGGAUUUUGAACAAUGUUCUAGUUCUUUUAAGGGAUCUUAAACUUCAAUUCUUGCAAAGGUUCCCUCUGUCGGCUCUACUCGGGCAACACCUUGACUUGAGGAAAAAUGAAACGAGGAAAGGAAGGAGAAAUCUUCACUUUUAUCACUCCAGUAAGCAAGGGGGAAGCCAUAAAUAAUAAAUAAAGAAAACAAGAGGGUGCAGAAGAGAAGAAAGUGCAUGUACCAAAGAGUCAAAAACAUGUGGAAUUGGGAGACGGAAAUGCUGAGUACACGGCUGUCUUGAAUGCUCAUGUUUAACGCUUGAUCACUCUUGUUCUUUGUCAACCAUCCCUCAAAGUGAAACUCAUGGCUUUAGCCGCGAGAUUUACUUGAUCGAAUUAGGUUGAUAAUUCAAUCCUAUUUUUCUCCCAACGACUGUAAACCGGUAGCAUCAUGAUCUCAACACUGCUCAAUCAUGAUUCGUAACUUUAAAGUAGUUGACUCUGUUGCAACCCUGCUAAUCAACUGCUCUUGUUCGACAACUAAUUACCAUCGAACAUUUCUUAGAAAACUUGUUCGAACUUUGUUAAAUCUCAAAACCGUGUACUUGGAUUUUUGCCCCAUGGAUGACUAAUUGUUGUUGCUCCAAAUCUGCCAUUGGAAAACCUU